GAAAUGUAUGGGAGGACAAACUCAUAGUUUAAAGUCAAAACUGUACAAUAAGUGAGAUUUGUGUUUCAAAUGUCUUCUAGUAAACGUAUAAUUCAUCGAUUUGUUUAGUCAUUUAAAUAUUAUAAAAAACAUAUCAAUUCCAUCUAUUCUAGCAGACCACUUAUCCAUCCUCAUUUCAUACAUAGGGGUGUCCAUUCAGGUUCGGUUUUUCGGGUUUACCCAAAACCGACUCGAAUAUAUACAUUUUCAGUUUUUCGGGUUUGGAUUUGUUUCGGGUUUCGGGUUUCUCGGUUUUGGGUUCGGUUUUGCUUAUCGGUUAUUCGGGUUCCAGCUAAAAACCUCCAAUGAAUAGAACUCAGCUUGUAUUCUUAGACGUUCGGGUUUCGGAUUUCGGUUUUGCUUUAACCGAACCCGAUAUGGAAUUUUCAGAUUUUGGGUAACCGAAACCCGCAAGUUCUUAUCGGGUUCGGUUUCAGUGAUUUGCGGUUUCGGGUUUUAGUUCGGGUAACCGAACCCGACCCAAACUGACACCCCUAUUCAUACAUACCUAGCUAAAGCUAUCUAGUUGAAUAUCAAAUUUUUUUUUUUUUACUAGUUGAAUAUCAAUUUUCAAAAUAUCAUUAUUAGAUAACUCAUUAAGAUAAAAUGUAUCAAAAUUUAUUUGGAGGGAGAAUUUGUGGAGAAAGAUAAACACCACAUAUACACCAGAUUGACACAUUCAUUUAUUUAUAUAAGAAACACUUUUUUUUUUUUUCAUGGCUAGUAUUAAUGAAAAUAUUAUCCUUUUGUGUGUGUCAAGAGAUCACUCUAUUAUUGAGAAAACAACUAGAUACAAAGUGUCACUAAUAAAUAGAUUACUGUAGUCGAGGUUUAAAACUCGAAAUUGAUUCUAUCACUAUUAAAAAACACACUUAGGGGUUCUUAGGAAGUUGCGAUAGUUUUGUUGAGAUUGUCAUUAUGCAUGUAUUGUUUACAAUGCAUCGUUUUUUUUAUUUUUUUAGCAGAAACAAUACAUGAAUUGUUUCUGUGAUGUGACAGAAACUAUCACUCAUUUUGAGUGAUUGUUAUAUCUCAACUUUUAGUUGUGAUUGUUGAGAUAGUUGAGUUGAGAUUGUUUUGUCUCGGCUUUUAGCUGAUGCGACAUGCACAAUCACACAUACCAAACAUUGUAUUCUACAAUGCAUCAAAUUCGACAAUACAUGUAUAAUAUUAUACAUACAUUCUCAACAAUACAUCUAUUUAACAAUUGCAACUUCCAAACCCUUUAAUGAAAGUCAAUAAUCAAAUUAUGUAUAUAUAAAUCACCUGAUUUCAUUAUUAAACAGAGGUACUGGUCCCCUCUAAGUCCUAAUAUUAACAUCUAUCACAUAGGUGGGGGAAUUGAUUCUGCGGCCUACUACCAAACCUGGCCGCCGGAUCCUCCAUCCCAGUGGGCUCUCGAGGUCGGUCAGCAUUCAGCAAUGGCGACCUACCCACCAUUUCCUUCCCCACCCUAGGGAAGCUUCUAUUAGCCGAAUCUUCUGCCCACUUUCUCCAUCUUCCAGAAGUAACACAAACGUCUUUAAAAGAAAGUACCACCAUGAGAUUAAGAAUACUCUUCUUUUUUUCCUUCAUCAAACCACAGAAGAAAUUUUAGCCAGUUUUUGGGCAUAAGUUCAUCCUCUUCAACCUCCCUCUCCUCUGCUCCUCAAGCGAAAGCAAGAAAGAAAGUCCCACAAAAAAUGGCUUCCACCAGCACCAAAAGCAGGAUCCUGUUCAUCGGAGGGACUGGUUACAUCGGCAAGUUCAUCGUCGAAGCCAGCGCCAAAUCCGGCCACCCAACUUACGCUCUGGUCAGGAAGUCGACGCUUACUAGCCCCAGAAGAUCCAGAAUCGUCCACUCCUUCAAGUCCUUGGGCGUCAAUUUCCUCAUUGGCGAUUUGCACGACCAUGGAAGCUUGGUGAACGCAAUGAAGCAAGUCGACGUGGUGAUUUCCACUGUUGGCCAUGGCAUGUUGACCCAGCAGGUCAAGAUCAUCGCCGCCAUUAAAGAAGCUGGAAAUGUCAAGAGAUUCUUUCCAUCAGAGUUUGGAAACGAUGUGGAUCGCGUCGAAGCAGUUGAGCCUGCGAAAUCAGCUUAUGACGUAAAAGUCAGAAUGCGGCGAGCUGUUGAGGCCGCAGGGAUUCCGUUCACCUAUGUCUCCUGUAACAGCUUCGCCGGCUAUUUCCUCAGCAACUUGGCUCAGCCCUCUGGCGACGUGCCUCCUAGAGACAGAGUCAUCAUCUUGGGAGAUGGCAAUGCCAAAGCAAUUUACAACAGGGAAGAUGACAUUGGAACUUAUACGAUUAGGGCGGUGGACGAUCCGAGGACGUUGAACAAGCUUGUGUACAUAAGGCCUCCUAAGAACAUCUAUUCGUUCAAUGAUCUGGUGGGUUUGUGGGAGAGGAAGAUUGGGAAGACCCUGGAGAGGGUUUACAUUCCUGAAGAACAGGUUCUGAAGCUCACCAGAGGAGAUGUGAUGAUGGCGCUUAAUCACUCGAUUCUGGUGAAGGGAUGUCAGACCAGCUUUGAGAUUGAGGAAUCGUUUGGGGUUGAGGCGUCGGAGCUUUACCCAGAUGUCAAGUACACAACUGUUGAUGAGUACCUUGACCAGUUUGUCUAGUUUUGUUGCUAUACGAUUAUUGCUUCCCUUCAUUUCCGUACUAGCUCAUUUGCAGUUGUAAUCCCGUGAUGUCUUCUUUUGAACUGUUUUUCACUUUUUCUUUUUCUCCUCUGCACUUCUUGUGUAUGGCGAGAAGGUUAAUACCACAAAUCAACUCUUUUUUACUCUUUUCCUUGUGGUGAUUUCCAAUUCAAACAUUGCUCACAAAAGCAGGUUUCAAGACAGGCGUCAGUUUGGGUGAGAUUGUUGUAAUUGUUGUUGCAUCUUGAGCAGUUGUCUUGCUGCCUAUUCGUACAAGGGAAAGAAUGAAGGCGGGAGUAACUGUCAGAAGUUGGGUUAUCGGAUCGUGUCGAAUUGGUACUCCGAAACGCAAUCGUUAUAGUGCUAAGGGAAGAAAAUGAUUAUACAGAC